AUGCUGAAUGGGUCUCCAAUAAAUAGUCAGGAACUCCGUGGUUUAGUAUCAUAUGUCCCGCAGGAUGACUAUAAUCUUCUAUCUAAUCUCACCGUGCGAGAAACAUUGUACUUUGCCACUGAACUGAGAUGUUCUCGGUCCGUCCCCUCAAAUGAGCGGAAAGGGCGGGUGGAGGACACGAUUAGGCGAUUUGGGUUGGAAUCCUGCGCAAAUACCAUUGUUGGAUCGGCCUUCAACAAAGGAAUAAGUGGUGGCGAGAAGCGACGCCUGUCAAUCGCCUGCGAAACUGUAGCGGAACCUAAAGUGCUGGUUCUUGACGAGCCAACCUCUGGUCUGGAUUCACGCACUGCUCUGUCUGUCCUUGAGGUGCUCCAUCAACUAUCAUCCGACGGAUGUACCGUCAUCCUCUCGAUUCACCAACCAUCCUCCACAAUGUGGGCAAUGCUUUCGACCUGUCUUCUUCUCAGCCCGGACGGCCGUCCUCUGUACGCGGCGGAGGCAGACCAGAUGCUUUCCUACUUUGACCGUCUCGAACACACUUGUCCACAUACCGCGAGCCCACCUGACUUCUUCAUGGAUAUAGCAGCUGGUUCUUCUGCCCAAGAGAUAGAACGCCUAGUGGAUAAGUGGACGCAGUCGCAAUUCUCAGCUGUAAUAACAGCUUCGGAUACUCCUACCCCCUCUCAUUCUGACCUCUCUAGACCCCAGUCCAAAUGCUGCCGCUUCAUCCCGACCACGCGGGUUCUCCUCCACCGAGCCUACCUCAGCAUGCUCCGCAACCCUCUAUCCAUAUUCGUGCGACUUGUCCAAUGCCCUGGAAUGGGCCUUAUCUGGAUCAUAUUCGUGGCCCCCUUGCACAAGGACUACAAUUCGAUCCAGACACGCAUGGGUCUCAUGAUACAGUACGGCCCGGUAGCCUUCAUCGGCAUGCUUCAAAAUAUCGCGACUUUUCCAGCUGAACGAGAUCUCUUCGAGCAUGAAUCCUCCAUGAACUUGUAUGGAGCUACAGCCUUUCUUGCCCAAUACACGGCGAUUGAGCUCCCAUUUGAAAUAAUUGCAGCCGGGAUAUUCAGCCUUCUCUUCGCCUACGCGGCGCAGCUGGGGCCCACGGCGACGAAAUUCGGCGUCUGCUUCUUGAGUGCAGUAUGUGCGCUUAACACGGGCGAAUCUUUGAGUAUGCUUGCGUGCCUCGCUUUUGGGCGGAAUCUUAGUCUCGCUGUAAACUGCACAUCGGCGUUGUUGUCUAUAUUUACGAUGCUUGGAGGUACCAUGAGUCUGAAUCCGCCGCGCGUUUUGCAGUGGGUUAAUCAUAUUUCACCUAUCAAGUAUGCUAUUGAUAAUUUGGCGUACUACUGUUUGAGUGGUUUGGAGCUGCAGUGCACGGAUAGCCAGCGUCGCGCGGAUGGAUCAUGUCCUCUUCAAACGGGGGAACAGGCUUUGGAACUUUAUGGGUUGAAUACAGACCGUCCGGAUAUAGGACUGGUUGCGGGGGUGGUGCUGAUGGUGGGAUAUCGGCUGUUGGUGUGGGCUGUGUUGAUGCUGCAGGUUAGGUGUCGGAAUGGGUUCGGUUUUCGGAGGUCGGUAAAUAUCAGGGAGAGGCGUGAGAGCUAG